UUAGAUCUCACCUGCUUCAAAUUUAAACAGCAAGAGUAACAAUUGCUCAUCAUGGAUGCCAGCACUGUAUAUCAGCUGUUUGUUUCCACAUAUCACCCGGAUCCCAACGUCCAUAAGCAAGCAGAAUUGAACAUUCGCGGGAUUGAAGGUUCCAAUGGAUUCCUGCCUAUUGUUUUGCAAAUCCUUGCCUCUGAAGAGUCUGAACUAGGUGCUCGCCAAGCUGCUGCUAUCUAUUUCAAAAACCGUCUUGGAAAGGCAUGGGAUCCUACAAAGACCCCUGUUAAGCCUAUCAGUGACGAAGACAAGGCUGUCGUCAGACAAAGCAUUCUACAAGCUUUGGUCACCGCACCUAAUGCCGUAAAGGUUCAACUGUCUUCUUCUUUAAAUACGAUUCUGUCUGCCGAUUUUCCUCAAAAUUGGCCAGAUUUUGUGGAUCAGGUCCAAACCUGCUUGACUUCGUCUGAUCACCGAGUAGUGUUUGUUGGACUGCUAGCCUUGCGAGAAGUCAUCAAGAUUUACCAAUGGAAGUCUCCCGAGAAGCGCGAUCCACUUGGUCCCGUUAUCAAGAUGACAUUCCCAACUGUACAACAGAUUGCAUCUGGACUUGUUGGGCAAGAUAGUCUUGAAGCCGCUGAGAUGCUCAAGUUGGCAUUGAAAAUAUAUCACUCUGCUAUCCACUCUGAUCUUCCAAAGUGCUUGCAGGAGAGUUCAUCGCUCGUGCCUUGGGGAACCAUUUUCCUUCAAAUGAUUGGAAAAUACAUUCCCACUGAGGCUCUUCCCGCAGAUAACGAGGAACGCGAAAAGUACCCCUGGUGGAAGACCAAAAAAUGGGCUUACCAUUGUUUGAACCGACUUUUUUCACGAUACGGCAACCCAGCACUGCUCGCCGCCAGCAACAGCAAAUAUACUGCAUUUGCUAAAGCCUUUAUCACCAACUUCGCCCCCGAUAUUUUGCAAGCUUAUCUCAAGCAAGUUGAAGGAUGGAUCAAGAAGGAAUAUUGGAUGUCUCAAAAGUGCUUAGCGCUGAGUGCAGUUUUCUUCAGUGAUUGCAUUAAGCAUAAGAGUACUUGGCAAAUUUUGAAACCUCAUACAGAGUCUUUGGUAGCUCAUUUCAUCUACCCUCAACUAUGCUUUUCUGAUGAGGAUGAAGAGCUCUGGAACGAUGAUCCCGUCGAGUACGUUCAUAAGAAAGUUGACCCUCUUGAAGACUUCCAUUCCCCUCAAACAAAUGCCAUCAACCUACUUAUUGACCUUGCACGCGAUCGCAAGAAGCACACAUUCAUGGGAAUCUUGACUUUCAUCAAUUCAGUUUUGAACAAAUACUUGGAAACACCAGCUGAGCAACGCAAUGGAAGAGAGAAGGAUGGUGCUUUGUGUAUGAUUGGUUGUCUUGCGGAUCAGAUUUUGCGAAAGAACUCUCCCGUUGCUGGUAUGAUGGAGCCUUUCUUUGUUACCCACGUUAUCCCAGAAUUCAAGAGUCCGUUCCCGUUCUUGAGAGCUAGAGCUUGCGACAUUACCAAGCAUUUCAGUGACUUGGAUUUCGCUAAUGAGCAGAACCUUGCAACUGUCUAUCAAAGUGUUGUCGACUGCAUUCGUGACUCGGAAUUGCCUGUCAAGGUUCAAGCUGCUCUUUCUUUGCAGCCUAUGAUCCGCCAUGAAAGUGUUCGCAACGCCAUCGUUCCAAAUCUUCCUUUCAUCAUGCAAGAACUCUUGUCUCUUACCAAUGAGAUUGACAUUGAUACCUUAGCCAAUGUCAUGGAAGAAUUUGUUGAAGUUUUCGCUGAACAAUUGACCCCAUUUGCAGUUCAGCUUUGUACACAGCUUAGAGAUACCUUCUUGCGCAUUAUGGAAGAUGUUACGUCUGCUCAAAACCAAGGUGUCGACGAUAACUUGGACUUUGAUGAGAUGGGUGACAAAACCAUGGCUGCUAUGGGCGUACUUAAGACCAUUGGAACCCUCAUUUUGAGCUUGGAAAGCACACCUGAGAUGCUCUUGCAGCUGGAAAAUGCUCUUUUGCCAGUCAUUACAUACACCCUCAAUAACACCAUCAUUGAUUUGUAUGCUGAAAUUUUUGAAAUCAUUGAUUCUUGUACAUUCUCUUCAAAACGGGUCACUCCCACCAUGUGGGGUGUGUUUGAACUUAUCUACAAAGCGUUCAAGGAAUCCGGUAUAGACUUUAUGGAUGAAAUGCUACCCUCAUUAGACAACUACAUCUCGUACGGUCAAGACGUAUUUGUUACCAACCAGCAAAUCCAAGGAAUGAUGUUCGAUAUCAUCGAAACUGUUAUGCGAAGUGAUAGACUUGGCGAAGCCGAUCGUGUUUGCGCUUGCAAACUCAUUGAAUCCGUCUUGCUCAACUGCCGCGGCCACGUAGAUCAAUACCUUCCUGCUUUCCUCAACCUUGCAUUCAGCUACAUUUUCACCGGUAGCAUGAAGACCACGGAAUUCAAAGUCCACUGCAUCGAAAUCGUAGUCAACUGCAUAUACUACAACCCACAAUUGACUAUAACCAUCCUGGAAGAAAAUCAAUGGACCCAAGGUUUCUUCACCACCUGGUUCAACACCUUGGACAAAUUUUCCAGAGUUCAUGACAAGAAGCUUGUUAUCGUCGCUUUGUGCUCUCUUCUUGAACUACCUACUGAGACCAUCCCUGCGUCCCUUCAAGCCGGAUGGUCACAAAUGCUUAACGGAAUGCUUAUGGUAUUCAAGACGCUUCCUAAAGCUAUGGAAAACCGCCAGGAUAUGGAGAAGUUCUAUGGCGAUGGUAUUGACGACGAAGAUGAAUUCGGCGACCCCAUCACUGGAGCCAAUUUCGAAGAAGAUGAGCUAGAUGAUGCUGGCGAUGAUGAGGAUGUCCACGACGAGAACGCAGAGUACCUUGAAUACUUGGCAUCUCAGGCCGCUGCCCACGCUCAUGACGCUGAUGGCGAUGAAUUCGAUGAUGAUGUUCAAGAGGAAGUUCUCUUUGAGUCUCCUUUGGACGAAAUUGAUCCUUAUGUUCGUUUCAGCGACUGCUUUAGAGGUCUUCAGCAACAUAACGCUACGUCCUAUUCUCUUCUUACUAAAGAUUUGGAUGUCGAUCAACAAAGCCUUAUUAUGACCAUUUUGGCAAAUGCAGAUGCCGCUCGUCAGCAACCACAGCAAUCCUAAUUGCCCUUCAUAGAGACUGCAUACUGAAUCCUUACUCAGUUUAUUAUUUUUCUACUCCAUUCUUCUUCCUUUUUUCCAUAGAGAACUCAUUCACAAUUUUCCUUUCUAAACCUUGUACUCACUCCACCUAUCACCACUAAAUCGAUAUUUCCAAAAUGACGCUGCUUAGCGUAAAUUUGGUAAAAUUACAAGUGUUUGUUGUUUCAUGCAGUGGAACCAAUGUUAGCCAUGCUGCUGAUUAUAAUUUACUUUGAGUAAACAAGCAUACGUUAAGGUUGGGU